CCCCGCCCCUUUGCUGGCGCAGGGGCACGCGCACCGGGGCGUGCAGCGAUUGGCUGCUUUGGUGGAGGCGCCUCGGGCCUGAGAAGCUGGGCGAGAGCCGAGUCGAGUCCGCUCUGAGGGAUCCCGGCGCUUCUCAGUGUAGAGACAGUCAACAUUUGUCCUGAACAAGAAACUCUAGUGGAAAAUAAGAGUACACAACUAGAUGAGCAACUGACUAUGAAUUCUGAGCAAAACAUGCAUGAAUUAGGAAAUGAAGUCACAUAUGAGGACACUGAACUGUCAGGGCAGAAAUCAAGGAAUCUUCAGGCCAUCAGUCCUUAUCCAGAUGAAGAGACAUCUCAACGAUGCAGCAUUGUGGAUUGUGGAAAGGAUGAUUUGAACUAUGGAUCUGUGAUUCCUCAUCAAGUUAUCCCAGACUUAAAUAAUCAGACAACAGUAGCCUUUCUUCGAAAAGAAUUGGAUAUUCUUAGAACAAGCAAUAAAAAGCUUCAAGAAAAAUUGACUGAAGAAGAUAAAGAAAAACGAAAAUUAAAGCUUAAGCUGGAACUCCAAGAGAAAGCAACAGAGGCUCAAAUUGCUGAAAAGACAGCAGCUUUGGUUGAAGAAGUAUAUUUUGCACAGAGAGAACGUGAUGAAGCCAUUGUGUACAGAUUGAACUUAGCCAUUGAGGAAAGAGAUGAAGCAAUUGCACGAAUGAAGACUAUGGAAAAGUCACUAAAAAUGCUAGAAAAUAUUAACCCUGAAGAAAAUGACAUGACAUUACAGGAAUUACUGAACAGAAUAAACAAUGCAGACACAGGCAUCGCUAUUCAGAAGAAUGGAGCUAUAAUUGUGGAUAGAAUCUACAAGACCAAGGACUGUAAAAAGAGAAUAACUGCAGGAGAGAUGGGUGUAGUGAUUGAAGAGCGGGACGCAGCUUUGGCUCAGUGCAAACGGCUGGAGCAGGAGCUUCAUCAUCUCAAAGAGCAGAACCAGACUUCAGCAAACAACAUGAGAUAUCUGACUGCUGAAAACAAUCAGGAACGUGCUCUGAAGGCAAAGUUGUUAUCAAUGCAGCAAUCCAGAGAAACUGCAGUUGAACAAUACAGAAAGCUGGAAGAAGAAAUCCAGACCCUGCGAGUAUACUACAGUUUACACAAAUCACUGUCUCAAGAAGAAAACUUGAAGGAUCAGUUUAAUCAUACCCUUAGUAUCUAUGAAGAAGCCUUAAAAAACAGAGAGAGCAUUGUUUCCAUCACUCAGCAGCAGAACGAAGAACUGGUCUCCCAACUUCAGAAGGCUCUGAGAGAGCGAGCAAACAUGGAAUUACAGCUUCAGUGUGCAGUAGAGGCCUCCCAAGUGGCCAGAGAAAAAGUUCAGAAUAACACCAGCUCUCUUUUACAUGGAGUAAGUUGAAUUGGACUUGAAAUUUGGAAGUUAUGGUUAGAAAGACUGGUGGAUGUCCUGAGGAAGAAGGUUGGAACAGGGACCAUGAGGACAGUGAUCUGACUGAACAAAACCCAGUCUGGGGGAAGCAAUCACAUCUGGUGACCAGGCUGCUUCAUUCAACACUGUGUAAACACUAAAAGCCUUAACUUAGCAAACAGUUGUUAGAAGUGGGACACUCCAACCACAUUCCGAGCUGAGAUAAAAUCAAAUCACAAAUGUUUAACCACUUUGCUGCUGACUUGAGUUAUUUAUCCAAAUAUAUUAACGACAGGCUUUUACCAAUUAUAAGGUUGCAGCUUAUUUGUAGCUAUGUUAUAGUUCAGUGUCUUUAAUGUAAACCUUUUUGCUGGUGUUACAUUGUAGAAGCAUCCUGAAGUCGACCAGGAUCAUAUCUCCACAUAUGGCCCUUUCUGAAUCAAAGUGCAGCAAAGUAAAUAUUGUCUAAGCCUUAAUCCACUGUGUUAGGUCAAAACUUCAAAUAAAUGCAUUUUCAAUAUAGAGCAUAUUUCUUCACUGAUGGGAGAAAUUCAGACAUGAGAGUAUGUAGCUACCUUUAGUUGUAUGUAUAGAAUUUCUUAUUCUUGAUGUAAAGAAUAUUAAGUAUAGAUGCCAUGAAUUAAGUGUAUAAUUUGCUUUGUUUAAUACUAAUAUUCAGAUAACAUUCAUCAAGGCAUGAUUUUUAUUUCACUAUAAAUAAUAUAUGCUGUUUUCAAGAAAAGGAUUAUUAAUGUGUGCUUGUAUAUACAUCUUGUCAGUAUU